AUGUCCUCAACAAUGACCCUGACGAUGCCUGCCCUCCCGCAACCAAGACUGAGCACAAUCCCCUGCUGCCCCAGCUGCGGCAACGACCUCUCCUUGUCCUUCAUCCCAAAGGACCCCUCCGCCGACGCCCAAUCCCUCGCCCUCACCGCCGCCCAGAAGCAGAUCCAGGACCUCGAGGCCCAGGUCCGCCUCCUGAACCAGAAGGCCACCGCCGCCGUCGACCGCUGGGCCGACUACGAGGAUGAGCUGGGGAAGCUCAAGGCCGAGCUGAGGAAACGCAACAACAGCACCCCUGCCGCCAACAGCAACCCCAGGCCGCAGACCCCCACCCUGCGCGAGACCCCCUCGUCCCCGGCCACAAACAGCUCCGUCGGCAGCCCCGGCGCCGCCGUCACCAGCUUCGCCUCCGCCGCGAGCAGCCGCAUCUCCGCCUACCUGUCGCGCAAGUCCACCCCGAACCUCAAGGCCCAGCAGCCCGCCGCCGGCCACCAGUCCUCCCUGAGCACCUCGUCCCUGCUCCCCGCCGGCACGCCCCCCGCCGCCAGCCCGGGCCACCAGAGCAGCCGGAGCACCUCGUCGCUCGCCCCGCCCCGCACCCCCGGCGGCACCCCCCUGACCCUCUCCCUCUCCGGCGGCAAGGUCACCUGGACCCCCGGCCACUCGCCCGCCCCCUCGAGCGACGACCUCCUCGAGGCCCUCACCCGCGAGCAGCAGCUCCGCCUCGCCGCCGAGGGCAAGCUCAACGACUCGAGCAAGGAGAUCGAGGACCUGAGCGUCACCCUGUUCGAGCAGGCCAACGAGAUGGUCGCCACCGAGCGGAGGGCCCGCGCCCGCCUCGAGGAGCGCGUCGGCGAGCUGGAGCGCCGCGAGAACGAGAAGAAGAGGCGCCUCGAGAGGCUCGAGCAGGCCAUGGGCCGCAUCGAGAGGGCGCGGGCGCUUCUGAAUAGUGGUGCGGAUGCCAGUGUUGCCGAGAAGAGGGUUAGUGCCUAG